AUGAAAAAUCGUUAUUGUUCUGAACCAUUUAUUCAGAUGAAAGGUGUAAAUGACGUUAAAGGGUAUUGGUUAGGUGCUGAUUUAUGGAAAGGAAAACAUUCAGAAGCUACUUUGUUUUAUAUUCAUGGUGGUGGUUACGUAUCAUCAUCACCACUGAUGGGUAUACAAGCUCUUUGUUAUUUACUAGAAACUUUACGUACCAAGUAUGGCAAACAUAUAAGAGCAUUUGCUGUUGAAUAUUCUUUGGCACCAGAAAAUCAGUUUCCUAAAGGAUUGAAUGAUGUCGAACGUGCUUAUCAGUGGCUAGCUUCAAGUGAUAUACCUGGAUCGCGAAAUGUUUUUUUAUGUGGGGAUUCAGCGGGUGGAACAAUGGCUUUGGCUCUCUUGCAAAAACUUUAUUCGGAAAAUAAUUUUAUGGAAAAAUCCAUACUUCCUCUCGGUUCCAUACUAAUAUCUCCUUGGGUUGAAGCAUCAUGUGAAUCUCUAUCGUAUGUCACAAACUCUAAAUAUGAUACAAUAUCUAGUUAUUUUUGUCAACUUGCGGUAGAAAAUUAUAUAUUUGGCAAAGAAGGCAGAUCGAAUGUUACAGAAAGACGAAAUACUUUAACGAUCAUUGACUGGUUAAAUAAAGUUGAGACAAACCUUGAUUUCUAUAAUGAUGGCGAAGAUUUUAAUGAAAAAAAUAAUCGAAAGAGUAAUAGUUCAAUUUUUAAUAGAGAUAAUAAUAAUGGAAAAAGAAGUAGUAUAAAUAUAAAGAGUGAAUGGAUGCAUGAAGUAGUUCAAGUGAAAACUCACAGCGGGGAAGGAAUAUCUACUGGACGAUAUAGGAGAAGUUCCCGACGAAGUUCACAAUCAAGUCGACGCGUUCGUAACAACUCGCUAGAAAUACAUAUUCAGAGUGAUUUGGAUAGUACAAAAAAUGUUAAACGUGUCUCAACAAAUGAGACAUUUGCAUCUAACCCAUUUGAAAAUCCAUUAAUUUCUCCAUUACGUAUACCUAAAAAUAUAUUGGCAAAAUUUCCGCCAUUAUUUAUUUCUUAUGGGGGAAAAGAAAUAUUUAGAGAUGACAUUGAAAAAUUUUGUAAGAAAUGUAUAGAAUCCAAGAAAACUGAUAUCAAUAACGAGGAGAUACAAAGUCAUCCAGAUGUUAUUAUAGAGGUAGAUGAGGGUAUGAUUCAUAAUUAUCCAAUUCUACUUAAUGUAUUUGGAAAACGUUCCAAGAAUGCGCUGUCACGAAUGGUUGACUUUCUUAACACACAUAUUCCAAACGUUCAAUCAUCAUCUAUCCUGAGAUGCAAUUCUUCUACAGUAAUAAAUGAUUUACCCACCACUAAUAAUUCACCAACUACUACUAAUUUUUCAUCCGUCACUACUAAUACUACUAAUCGUUUUAGUACAUAUAGUAUUAUAAAAGAGGUUAAAAAUCGGUUUAGUUCAGAUAAUAUUAUAACAGAGAUUUUAAAUCGUUUUGAUACAGAUAGUAUUAUAUCAGAUAGUUUUAUAACAGAGGUUGAUUCUGAAACAGAGAAUAUUGAUAGAAUAAGUGUAAAUGUUGAGAAAAUGGUUCCUCUAGUAGAUUCCGAGAGAUUGUCUUCAGUGUCAACAGACUCGUCAACUACAUUACAACCAUUACGACCAGUUUAUAUGCCAAGUCAAUCAAUUCGCCCAAUAGUUUCACCAAACCAACCCAUCUACCCUUCUAUAAGAUCAACAAUUUCCUCAUUACAACCUAUACAAUCUUCUUAUUACCCCAUGAGAAAUUCAUUAUUUUUACCAGGACGUCGCUUUUCGCAAUUUUCACGAUUGUCACAAUAUGGUACUACUAAUAAUAGGACUUCUGUACAAUUUCGAACAAAUAUUAUAACUCCUAAUGAUAAUUCAUCAGGACAAAUUUUAACAACGAAAGAAACCAAAUCUAUUUUAAAACGAAGUACUAUUCCUAACACAAAAUCAACUAUUAACAAAUGUCCGAAAAAAGUUAUCGAAGCGAAUUCACGAACAAUUUCCUUCAAUCCUCCAUCCCCUCGGUUACCUUGGCGUUCACGAGUAUUUGUAGGUACAGAUUUAUCAGGGAAUGAGUAUUAUGAAAGUGUUACAGCUACUAAUGGUAGGACGAGGCGUAUAGUGGAAAUGAAAGAAAAGAAACUAUUGAGUGAUUAUGAAGAAGAUGCCUUGCCUGUACAAUGGCAAAGUUGGUUAAGACAUACCAGAUAUGAUCCUCCUACCAUAGAUGAAAUUGAAUUAGCUAAUAAACGAAGAGAAACAAUUAUUCAAAAAGCAAAAGCAUUUGAUAAAGAAUGGGAAGAGGUGAGAAAGAAAUUAAAAUAUAUAGUAAUUAGAGUAAUUAAUAAAUAA